AGCUGAGAGCGACACACUUGAGCUGUAACCAUCGCAGAGUCAACAUCGUCGCUUAACCUUUAAACCGUUUUAACCGUUAAGUCGUUUAGUCUAACGCACUGCCAAGUCGAGAACUGAGACCUGAUUAAUUGGAGAGAGAGAGAGAGCAGAGUAAUAUAUAGUAUAUAUAGCAAAAUGCACGGAUAUCGCACCUACAACAUGGAGAGCCAUCACCACGAUGGCAGCAGCAGCGCCGUUGACCAGAAGCCGCUGGUCGUCGAUCUGAUCUCAACACAAUACGGCAAACCACAAACGCCGCCGCCUUCGCCAAAUGAGUGCCUGUCCAGUCCGGACAACUCGCUGAAUGGCAGUCGCAACUCGGAGAUACCUGCUGAUCCGUCGGUUCGUCGCUAUCGAACCGCAUUUACACGCGAUCAGCUGGCGCGUCUCGAGAAGGAGUUUUAUAAGGAGAACUAUGUGUCCCGGCCGCGUCGCUGCGAGCUGGCCGCCCAGCUCAAUCUGCCCGAGUCCACGAUCAAAGUGUGGUUCCAAAAUCGCCGCAUGAAGGACAAACGCCAGCGCAUCGCCGUCGCCUGGCCGUACGCAGCCGUCUACUCGGAUCCCGCUUUCGCCGCUUCCAUACUGCAAGCGGCCGCCAAUAGCGUGGGCAUGCCCUAUCCGCCGUAUGCACCGGCUGCCGCUGCCGCCGCCGCUGCUGCUGCCAAUCCCAUGCUGGCCACCGGCAUGCCCACCAUGCCAGUGCCCGGUCACUCGCCGUAUGCCCAGUACCGUUAUGCGCCGUAUCACAUUCCCGCACGGCCGGCACCGCCGCCAGCUCCGCACAUGCAUCCGCACACGCACACGCAUCCACACUCGGCGGUGGCCAUGCAGGCUGCGAUGGGCUAUCCGGCGGCCAUGUUGGGCGCCGCUGCCGCUGCCGCCACGAUGCCGUCCAGCUAUGCCGGGCAGCAGCUGCAGCUGCCCAAGACCCAGACGCCGCCGCUGGAUCUGCAGUCCUCCUCGUCGCCGCACUCCUCCACGUUGUCGCUGAGUCCCGUCGGCUCCGAUCACACCAAGGUCUUCGAUCGCAGUCUCAGCCCGCUGCGCAGCGCGCCCACCGCCCCCGCCGUCGCCAACGCCAUCCACACGACCAGCAGCCCGCUGCCCGCGCCCGGUCUGCUGAUGAUGCCCAGCGCCAAGCGGCCAGCGUCGGAUAUGUCGCCGCCGCCGGCGACAACAGUUCUGGCGGAGCCGAAGCCCAAGCUAUUCAAGCCCUACAAGACUGAGGCGUAGGCGUUGCCACGCCCACGCCCAUGCUCGCUGAACCGCAACCCGCGCUGCCCGCUCGAUUGUACAAAUUAGCGUUAAAUUGUUGUUGCCCCUCAAUUGCAUCUGCCCCCCCUACUCCCACCUCUGCACAGUGUGUGGAGCGGGAUCGAAUCGAAGCUAUUUAUCAGUUGUACAUAAAUUGUAAAUUAGUUUUUAGUUUUAGUUAAUUUUAAAACGAAAUCCAAAUCAAAAUCCAAAAUAAAUAACUUAAACUUAA